AUGGAUAAUAUCCAUAACACCCAAAAGGACCCAGAUGUCUACAUCUCGCCCACCCUCGAACCAGGGCCUGCCCUCCCCAAAGUCGGUGACCGCACACCGCGUAUCGUCCACGAUGAAGAGGCUCAGAAUCUACGCAAGGGGUUGCAAGAACGCCAUACCCAGAUGAUAGCCAUCGCGGGUGCCAUUGUAGGCCAUUCCCCUUUCUUGCGACAAUUUGAAAUGUCAAUAUUCGUACUACGUACUGAAUAA